UUCACCACCUAUUGGACGUUCACCAUCUGUGAGCAAUGUUACUCAAUCAUCAAUGAUGCAACCUGGUGCGGCGCAACCUGGUGUACAACAAAUGCAGCCAAUAAUAAUAAUAAUAAUAGUAGUAAAGAAGCGCAAUAAAUAA